UUGCCUCUAGCCUUCAGGCACACAUCUGUCUUUCCUCCUGAACCUCAUCCCCUUGCUUUUGAAAAGGGUAUUGGAAGAACACCAAAAUUUGCUAACACUUGCAUUCAACCGGUUGAAGUUAUGAUUCAGUUAGAGGGAUCAGGAAACUGGCCCUUGGACAUUACAGCCAUCGAGAAGACCAAAUCUGCUUUCCUUCUGAAAAUUGGAGAAAGUCUUCAGACACGUUGGGGUAUGUUUUGCACUGCUACUGAGGAGGCAGUGGAUGUAUUUACAUCUGGAUAUGCAUUUCGUCUAAAAAUUUUGCAUGAAAGAGGCCUAAACUUUGUCAAAACCCAAGGUGGAAAUAAUAAAGUAAAGGGUCCUGUAUCCAUAGACAAGGAGCUAUUUCUCCGCAGCCAGCAUUCUAGUAUGAUUAAUGGUCUACAUGGACGUUACCCUAUAUAUGGGUCAGUUGUCAGGCUUGCUAAAAGAUGGGUUUCUUCGCAUCUUUUUUCUUCUUUCUUUACAGAGGAGGCAAUUGAGUUGGUAGUCGCAUACCUAUUUUUGAAGCCAUUUCCAUUUCAAGUUCCUUGCUCACGAGUUACUGGAUUUUUGAGGUUCUUACGGUUGUUAUCCAAUUAUGACUGGACCUUCUCCCCAUUAAUUGUGGACAUAAAUGAUGAUUUUACAUCCAAUGAUGAAAAGGAGAUAAAUGAAAGCUUUAUCUUAAGCAGAAAAUCAAAUGAAGGCAAUGUUCAAGAUGUAAUGCCAGCAAUGUUCUUGGCCACAACUUAUGAUAGGACAUCUGAAGCCUGGACCAAGUUUUCACCAAAGAGAUCGGUACUUAAAAGAAUGGCUUCUUAUGCUCAGAGCAGUGCAGAUCUUUUAACAAAUCUGAUCCUUGAUGGUCAAAAUGGUUCAUUCACGUGGGAGUGUCUUUUCCGGACUCCUUUGAACAAAUAUGAUGCUAUAGUUCUUCUACACCGAGAUAAACUCUCCUACCCACAGCGCCUUCUUUUCCCUGCUGAGGUUAACCAUGGAAAGCAUGUAAUAUGGGGAAAAGCGAACAAAGAUUUCCAGCCCUACAUGACUCUUCGAAAUGCACUCAGGAGCUUGGAAGAUGCGAGGAACGGGCUACUGGUGGACUUUGAUCCAACUAGAUACUUUCUAGAGGACCUGAAAGGAGAAUUCCCGGACGCCUUCAAUGUGUGGUAUGAUUCAUUUGGAGGUGAUGCAAUUGGUUUGACAUGGGAGAAGAAGGUUUCAAAGAAACGUAACAGAGAUGAAGCCAACGAGACUAACAAGGAACUGGCAGGAUUGCUUGAAGACGUGGGAAAAAUUGGUAAAGGUUUCGUCAAGAGUGUUUAUCUCCUCAAAGCUCCCAAGCUCCAGGCUUAAUUCUAGACUUUUCUCCAAGAAUGAGUAGCCAGUUUUUGUUAAGGGAUGAAAAAAGGCUUGUAGCCGAUAAGAUUCCCUAAAGAUGUGAGAAAGGUUUGGCAAAGGCUUGAUCAGAAUGUUUUAUCUUCUCAAACGUCCAAAAUCCAAGAAUGAGAAUACAAUUUUGUUGAGGGAGGAGAGAUGGCUUGUACAAGUUAAAGGGAAUAUGACUCGCAAAUGUAGGUGGUGGAAAUGUGUAAUGCUUAUUUAUCAAAUUGAAGAUGGGUGAAUUGCCCUAUUAUGAUCAUGAACAGUUUCUCUGGUGUCUGAUAACGUAAUACAUCCUCAAGUUUAUUU